UUCAGUGUCUAAAGAGAGAGAAAGAAAGAAGCUUCGAGGUGUGUAUGUGACUAUGGUGCAUGUAGAAAUGUCGUCGCUCAUAGUCAUAAUGAAGUAAAUAGCAGAAGAUGUCUACUCCAAUAUCCAGUCGUGAAAGAACAUUAGGCAGUGUCAAUGCAUUAGCAGGUGUGAGGUUAGCGUGUGUCAUUUGUGGUAAAACUGAUAAAGUACUUCGGUGUUCAAGGUGCAAAAGUACUGUUUAUUGUUCUAAAGAACAUCAAAAAUUUGAUUGGAAAAAUCACAAAGCUGUUUGCUUCGACCAAUCUUUAGUACAAAAUAACGAAACUAUCUCUGUACCUGAUAAUUCAUUAAAUUUGCAAAGAAAUCAAAUUGUUCUUGAGCCAACCAACAAUUUGCCAAACUCUGGAACUUUAUCUAACCUUACAAAGAACACUGGAUCCGAAGCAUCCAGAAUACAAGCGUCAUUGAAUACAGAUAAAAUCGAGAGACGCAGUCGCGGAUUAGAGAGUAAGAAAAUAAAUAAUUCCAGCCAAGAGACUGUUGGAAUUGUAGCACCAUCAAAAAGAAAAAUAUCUUCUAACGGUAAUUCAUCUGAUAAGUCCGAUGAUUGGAUUACUCCUCUGACAUAUGAAGAGAAUUCUGAGGAUACAAUUUUAAGUGCUACCGCCAAAUUGAUGAAUCCAAUUGCAGUGGCUUCACGAACUGGAAAUAAAUCUGACGGUGUUGUCCCUGACACAUCGUUACAACAUCACGACCAUAUGAAAAACUUUCCGGAAGUUCGACUGAGAAAGGACGCCGAAUUUUUACCACCGUUUUUACACAUGGACAGAAAUAAUCUGGAUGAACGGUUAGACGAAAUUUGUCGUAAUGUGAUUAGGGACAUGGAUGAGUAUGGCGUGUGUGUGGUAGACAAUUUUCUUGGUGCUGAAAAAGGUCUGACAAUAUUAAGUGAAGUAUUGACUAUGUAUAGCGCAGGAAUGUUUAAAGAUGGUCAAUUAGUAUCAAAUAAAGCUAGUGCUAAUGAUUUAAAAACAAUAAGAGGUGAUCAAAUUUUGUGGUUAGAUGGUAAAGAGAAACAGUGUCAAAGUAUUGGAAUGCUAAUUUCUCAAGUAGACGCGAUAAUAGUUCGAGCAAAUAAAAUGAGAAAUAAUGGAAAGAUGGGAAAAUAUACAAUUAAUGGAAGAACUAAGGCAAUGGUAGCUUGUUAUCCAGGACAUGGUUCACAUUAUGUUAAACACGUAGAUAAUCCAAAUGGUGACGGCAGAUGUAUUACAGCCAUUUAUUACCUUAAUGUAAAUUGGGAUACGAAAAAAAAUGGAGGACUUUUAAGGAUAUUCCCAGAAUGCUGGAGGGAUCAAGUAGCAAAUAUUGAACCUGUUUUCGAUAGGAUUUUAUUCUUUUGGUCAGACCGAAGAAACCCUCAUGAGGUUCAACCAGCAUAUAAAACAAGAUACGCUAUCACCCUAUGGUAUUUCGAUGCUGAAGAAAGAUUACAAGCUUGUGAAAGAUUUGAGAAAGAAAAGAAAAUGAGUCGACAAUCCUGAGAUAAAAUUGUUCUACAUGAUACAAACAUCUCCACACACAUGAGAUUGUAAAUAAUUAUCAACAAAAAAAGCACGUCGUACAUAAAAAUACCUAGUAGGAUUGAAUACUGAAACUACUACCGAAAAAAUACGAAUGAAUAGGAAUUGAAUAAAAUACUUGACAUUUUCGUGUGUGUAGGUUAUAAAAGUGCAAUGAAGUUCAAUGCAAAUUCAAAAAUAGUAAUUAGAGCCGGAAUCUAUUCAGUUGAACCUUUCGGUUAAUUCUUUUUUUUUUAUCUCUUGGCAGAGUGCUUUGCUUUUCAUCACAUUUUUUGAGAUUCUAUCGAAAUAACUAGAUAAAAUUUAAUUGACUCACUUUGUCAUUUACGAAGAUUUUUUAAUAGCCUGUUGGCCAGUAAGAUAUUUAAAUGAUAUGCAGUCGAUCCUAAUAUCACGAACUAUUAUAAAAUUUAUUAGGAUGUUUAAUAUUACUGUGUAAAUUGAGAUUUCAUAAUGGACAGAAGUAAAGAUGGAGCUGAGACAACGAGAAUGACAGAAUGCCCUUCCAGUUAUUUAAAUAUUAUAUUUUUAAAUUUAAUGUAUGUAUGAAUAUUAAUUAUUACUAAUUCAAAUAUAAGUCUUGCUUCACGAG